AUGCGUAAAGGCGAUCCACUUAGUUCACCACCAGCAGCUAGCCAACAUUCAGCCAUUACCGAAGCAUUCUUCACCCAUGGCGAUUACAGCAUGCAAUUUGACGAGACACCCGAGAGUGAGCCUUUCUUGGCAUCAACGCCAAGACCUUCAGCAUCCCAACAGCCUCCUCCGACCGUACCUGGAGUACCUGAACCUUCAAGAGACCAUCAACACAUGAAUGCAUCAGUACGUAUACCCAUGCAAGAGGAGCCACAUAUACCUUAUGAAACGCUCGAAGAUGGCAAAUUCUUAUCACGCAGCAUGCUUGUCAAUACUGGUGGAGAGGAUCUGUAUCGCUUUUUGAUCCAACGCAGUGUCAUUCAACCUAAGAUUGUGAUCAAAUUCAAAGGGACUCGGAGCGCUGUACGAGGAUUUACCAAGAAGAAGACCAAGGAUGGCACAGUCGAGAGCACUCCAAAUACAUACACUGUAUAUGAUUUCGAUUAUGAGAUGGAUUGUACCAAAUACUUACGGAGCACCCCCGAUGGAUUCAAUGUAUUGCCUGAUCGCAAAACGGGUGUGGUUAAAUCAGUGCAGCAGCUAUGCGAUGAUUAUGUUCGUGAUCCACAUCGUAUCAAGGAGCUACAAUUGACCAAGGUGGUGGAUUGGGAUACAGCGCUGGUGCAAAGAGCAUUGACAAAAGCAAUUCGUCGCUAUGGAUACUCACACUCGCUCGAGAUUGAAGUUGAGACUCGUGAAAACAAGGUGCUUGUGAAGCCUGGAUCAUGGAUAGCCAAAGCAGUGGAUAAUCCCUUGGCGGUCUGGUUCUGCUAUCUCACUUUCUUAUGGAUCAUCACUUGGCCUCUGCUUUUUUAUUAUCGUCGUCGGUAUGGACAUGGGGGUACCUUACAAAGUAUUUGGCGUAUGAACAUUUCUGAACGUGGAUGGUGUGAAGAGAACAUGGAUGACAUUCUAGGACAAAUACCACUUGCCGCCUUAGAUAAUCAUUCCGAGGAGAAUACUGAACAAAAUUACCCUGAUGACAACACUGUCUUUGAAUAA